AUGGUUUCGGGUGGUCCAGUUUCGAUUAAUGACAAUUUCAAUGGCAAACUGGAGAAGCCUCUUCAUGUUGCCAUGCUUCCAUGGCUGGCCAUGGGUCACAUAUACCCCUAUUUUGAGGUGGCAAAGAUUCUUGCUCAAAAGGGUCACUUUGUUACCUUCAUAAACAGUCCAAAAAACAUUGAUCGCAUGCCCAAAGCACCACAAAGCUUAGAACCCUUCAUUAAAUUGGUGAGGUUGCCCUUGCCACAAAUAGAGAAUCUUCCAGAAGGGGCAGAGAGCACCAUGGACAUACCCUCCAACUUUGAUUGUUACCUUCGCAUGGCUUAUGAUGGCCUCCAAGAUGGUGUAACAGAGUUGCUCAAAUCUUCAAAGCCUGAUUGGGUUUUCUACGAUUAUGCAGCUUCAUGGUUACCAGCAAUUGCUAAGAGCCUCAACAUCCCAUGUGCUCAUUACAACAUUACCCCAGCUUGGAACAAAUGCUUCUUUAAUCCUCCCAAGGAUCGACUCACGUCAAAUUUCAAACUUGAAGAUAUAUGUGGCCCUCCAGCGUGGGUUCCUUUUAACACAACCAUUCAUCUCAAGCCUUAUGAGAUCAUGAAAACAUUUUCGAGUAUGACGGAUGGGAAAACCACAAAAAUUGCUCAAGUUGAUCUCAACAAAGCAUAUUCAAGCUGUGACAUGUUUCUUCUCAGAACAUCCAGAGAACUUGAAGGAGAAUGGUUGGAUUAUCUUGCUGAGACCUACAAGAUGCCUGUGGUUCCAGUGGGGGUGCUUCCACCUUCAACGCAAAUAAGAGAUGUUGAAGAAGAAGACAAAAGCCCUGAUUGGGUACAAAUCAAGGCCUGGUUGGACACACGAGAGUCCUCAUCCGUGGUGUACAUUGGAUUUGGGAGCGAGUUGAAGCUGAGUCAGCAAGACCUCACUGAGUUGGCUCAUGGGAUUGAGCUUUCUGGGUUGCCUUUCUUUUGGGCUUUGAAGAACCUGAAAGAGGGAACACUCGAGUUGCCAGAAGGGUUUGAAGAGAGAACCAAGGAUCGUGGGAUUGUUUGGAAGACUUGGGCACCCCAGCUUAAGAUCUUAGCUCAUGGGGCUAUUGGGGGGUGCAUGAGUCACUGUGGUUCUGGUUCUGUCAUUGAGAAGCUUCAUUUUGGUCACGUGCUUGUUACACUGCCCUAUUUGCUAGACCAAGCUCUGUUCUCAAGAGCACUAGAAGAAAGGAAAGUGGGUAUUGAGGUACCAAGGAAUGAGAAAGAUGGUUCCUUCACUAGGGACUCUGUGGCCAAGACAUUGAAGUUAGCAAUAGUGGAUGAGGAGGGAAGUACCUUGCGCAAGAAUGCCAAAGAGAUGGGGAGGAUUUUUAGCUCCGAAGAACUUCAUAAUCAGUACAUUGAAGAUUUCAUUGCUGCUCUUCAAAAGUAUAGGAAUCUUUCCAGCAUCUAAGCACGUUUUA